GUCAAAUAUUUUCUAAAAAAAGUCGUAAAAAAUAUUAAAUUAAUUAAAAUACAGCAAUAUAUUCGACAAAAACUAUACGUAUACUUUUGAAUGCAAAACAACGGAUAUUUAAGUGCCAUUCCUCAAAAAACGACCGACGUGUUGCCGAAGGACACGACUGAUGACAGCAGAUUGCGUGCGUGCCGGCUGCUGGUAGAUUAGAAAAAAAACAAACCCUACGUACAGGGAACCGGCAGGACUGUUUUGGAAACAAACACAAACGAUGCCACCGAAAAAGGAUGCUAAAGGAGGAGCAAAAGCAGCCCCAGCCAAGGGCGGUGGCAAGAAGGGAGGUGGCGCAGAGGAAGGUGCGGCGAAGGAGAAAAAAGGCGGAACUGCGGUAAAGGUACGACACAUCCUGUGCGAAAAGCAGGGCAAAAUAAUGGAAGCCCUGGAGAAGCUGAAGGAAGGCCAGGCGUUUAAUGUGGUGGCGACGAACUAUAGCGAGGACAAGGCACGCCAGGGUGGCGAUCUUGGGUGGCAGAUUCGCGGUGCCAUGGUGGGACCGUUCCAGGAUGCGGCAUUUGCGUUACCGAUCUCCACUACCAACGCGCCCAAGUAUACGGAUCCACCGAUCAAGACCAAGUUCGGAUACCAUAUUAUAAUGGUGGAAGGCAAGAAGUAGGCACAUCAAUAAACGGCUUCGUUAUAUUUUCAA